CUAUAAAAUUUCUAGAGUCUUGAUAAGAAUUGCAUGGGCCCUUUGAGGAAAGCUUAUUGUCAUUCCCUUAAUUUGCUGCUUCGUCGAGAGGUCAGAACUUUUGUGAAUGAACUUCAUGCCAGUACCAAAGCAUCAAGAAAUCCAACAGUUUGGCUUGAAGCUUCUGCAGGUUCUAAUUAGGCUGCGAACAGCGCAAACACUUCUACAGUUUCUGAAGCAUACUCGAAGAUGCUUACAAUAUUCAUUCCUCUUCUUGUGGAUGAGAGUUCAUUUUUUGCACAGUUCAUGUGCUUUGAAGUUCCUGCACUUGUUCCACCCGUUAAUUCUAGUAAAAGCGAUGCCACUGCUGAUGAUGCUAAUGACGAUGAGUUGAGCCUUAUGGACCUUGACGGAAAUGACAUAAAGCCUAGCACUAAUUCUGCUGAGCUAGGAGCAUUAAAUGAAUCUCUACAGAGUUGCUCGAUGGGAUCCAAGUAACUUUAUGCCAAUCUGAUUUUCUAUCUGUGCUCAUGGACAAUGUUAGUUGCAGGAAAUCAUAUUUGGGAUUUUUAUAUCUGGGGUGGGAAAUGCUCUCUAUGAAGGAAGUUUCCCCUGAGCCUAUGGGUGUUGAUUUUUACAAGUUUGUAUAGUUUCCUCUUGGUAAAAUCUACUACUGCAUCUCUGGUAGAAUUCUAACAUAUUCCUUCCUGGACCAACAAAAAGGCUGUUAAAACUGUGGGUGGAAGUUAUUAGCUACAUACUUAAGUUGUGAAACCAUGAUGACUAAAUAAAAACCCAGG